AAAUCCAAGGCCUUAGCUUUCUUUCGACGCCUGUCUUUUCCAUUCCUUUCCUACACGCUGGGCAAUCUUUGCCUCGGGCUGAUAUUCACGUCCUACAACUCAACAUUCCUUUACUUUAACGAAUCCGUUCGCAUCCACUUUCACCAUGCGUUCUGCACUUGCUCUGCUCCCCGUUCCUAUUUUUCUCGCUAGGUUGACCGUCGCUCAUUUGGCUGCCUUUAACAAGGGCAUGUACUGCCUCAAUGGUACUGUUGCUGGACAGCCAGACGUGAACAGCGGUGAUCCCGUCACCCCGCUAUGGAACUUGCAGCAAUCCGACUACUGGUUCCAUCACGUCAACAAGUGUGACGAGUUUCCUCCUGCCCCAGGAGACUUCCUUGAGCUCCCCGCGGGCGGGAGCUUCACCGUCGAAGUCGCUUCAAACCAAGGUCUUACAACGCUUACUGAUGGCGGAAAACAUACUUCCGAGUGGCCCGAUGGUCAGAACCACCCCGAAGAUUACAGCAUCACAAAUCUCGCUGGUGCUCCACUUUCUCCUAGUGGCUGCAUACGCAAUCCCAACAUGCAUACCCAAAAUCAGUCGAUGGCAGCUGGAACUGCUUUUGCCAUAGCUUACGUGUCUGACAUCAGUCAAGUUACGCCCGACAACCUUGUAGUUUUCAGCGUCCGUUACAACACGCCAUGGAAACGUGUGACUUCAUAUGAUGUCCCUGCUAACAUGCCUGCAUGCCCAGAGGCUGGAUGCAUCUGUGCCUGGAACUGGAUCCCCAAUGGUUGUGGCGAGCCUAACAUGUACAUGCAUGGCCACAAAUGCAUGGUCACUAACGCCACUUCCACUACGCCCGUCGCAGCUCCCAAGCCGCCUGUCUGGUGCGAAGAGGACCAGUCGCAGUGUGUGCAGGGGGCAAAGCAGGUCAUGGUCUGGAACCAAGCUGAGGGUAACAAUAUCGCGGUCACCGGGUAUGACCUCGCGGGAGACCACAAGUCUCCUGCGUACAAUUCCAAAUGUGGAUUCAAAGAUGGUGCUCAAAAUGACAUCUUUGGAAACGCCUCGAACGGUACUAGCAGUAGAAAGAAGAGGAUGACCCACAAGGUCAAGCGCGCAGGUCUUUUCUUCUGAUGGAGCCAUUUGGCUUUUUGUGGUCAACACACUGGCUGUGAUUUCUUUUUUCUUUUUUGGCGUUCUUUUCGUUUCGUUUCACCUCUAUCGAGCAGGUCUGCACACUGUUUGAAACCACUUUUGGUCAUCUUGUAUACCUAUACCCCUGCAUUUAUCUGUCGUAGAACGUCAAAUCAAAAACAUAUAUCAU